AUGAUGGACGACUUCGAUGCGACCUUCUCGGCUGCGCCAGUCGAACCAUGUUUAACUAUCCGAAUCACCAAGACGGAGGAGCAGAUGUCACUCAUGAUGCAGCGCUUCACCGCCUAUGUGAUCGAGAUUAACGACUUCGGCAAGGUUUGCGAGGUGUCGCAUCGGUACAGCGACUUCGAAGCCCUGUACAAGGCGCUUCUUCUGGAUCUUCCGGGGCUUCAGCUGCCGCCGAUGCCGCCAAAGGGCGCCGAUGGCACGGAUGCAGCCGUUAUCGGAGCGCGGAAGGUGGAGCUGGAGAAGGUGCUCCGCGCGAUGAUCGCAAACCCGGAGGUUGUCAUGGAGAAGAGCCUCCAUCUGUGGAAGUUCCUGGAGCUAGGGAACCCCACCGUCAUCGCCACUCGCUUUGUGACCGUUCCAAGGGCACGCGGCUCCGUCUUCAAGACCCUCGCGAAGCUGAACGACGAGAAGUACCGCGACGAUGUGUAUCGUCUUGGUCACGCCAGUGUAACAGACUUGCUGCUGGAGGGCCUUCGGGAGUAUCGGAGGGGAACAGACUCGGGACACUGGUCCUGCCAGAAAGAAGGCCGCAUGCCUCUUUGCCAGCUGGUGGCCGGUGCUUUAGGCACUACCCAGGCAGCACGCGACCGCCUCGUAGAUGGUGGUGUGAUCGGACUUCUGCUGGGUUUAGUACAGGUCCAGGACACGGCUCUGGACGACGUCAGGCCGGCUUUGAAUGUGAUCGUCGCACGCGAGGGCGAGCGACUGGCCAGUCUCGUGGCCCGGUUCCUGACGGGAGGGGGUCUGCUGCAACUGCUCGAUCUGGUCCAGCGCCCUCGCUGCCAGGAGUUUGUGGCCAAGCUCCUGUGGCUCGCCUGGGAUGCAUCGACACGCUCAGCCUUCGCGCAGCCGGGGGGCGUAGGUCUCAAAGUCCUGCAGUCGCUGCUGCGCUCGGCCACGCCGACCUGCAGCCUGCUGGGUGCAGUGCUCUUGGCCGGUAUGGUUGCAGCCGGUGAUUUCCAUGAUGCUAGCCACCGCACUGAGGCAUUCCAGCUGGUGAGGGCCACACUGGAACGUCCGGAGGCAGCCAAAGAUCCAGCUUUCGUCAAAGCGCUGGUGGGAGGGAAUUCCGCCUUUCUGCGCCUUGCAGCUAUGCUGGAGGAUCCUGAUCUAGCACCCCUGAUCCUGGGCUUGCUCUGUGUGGCGAAGCCGCCAGCUGCAAAGAUGGGGCAGAUCUCCGGGAAUCUCGCAUCGCUGGUGUCGAACAAAGGCGGUGUGCACAGCGAGCAGACGAAAGCACGAGCUGCGGAACUCCUUCUUCAAAUCCAGGGCUCCUCCAGCACAUCAGAAGUUUCUGGCGGCGAGGUUUCGAGCACGGCUUCCACGCGCGCAUCGAUCAACGAUCUCUUGGAGCGCUGCGAAGGCAUCGCAGCCCACGAGGAGUCCCUCGAGAACGCCUUGCGCGCGCAGCUUGAGGAGGGCAUUGCAAAAGGCUUGAAGGACCUGGCACCGCAUGGCCAAAGUGUGCGAGAGGUGGGACAGCUCUCCCAGGUUCGUCUCAAGGAGCUCCCUGGGCUGGACUUCAAGACCUUCGAUCAUGCCUUCGACUCCUUCCGCGCGGCGCGCGAGGCGCUGGCAGCGAAUGCCCAGAAGUGCGAGAGCUUGCACCAAACCAUCUCCAGGCAGCUGUCAGAUCUUCAGUCAGCUCGGCCCAACGUGGACCCCCACAUCUUCAAGGAGAAGCUCCUGACAGCGGAGAGGCUGUAUGGUGAGGUGAAGUCGCAGCGAGAUGCCUUCGCCACGGCUGAUGCAGAAGCCAAGGAGAAGACAUCGAGAUCACAGGCAUCGACGGCGAAGAUGAAGACGCUGACGGAUGCCCUGCGAAGGUAUGAUCAGGAAUUGCAGGAGCUGCGGUCGGAAAGGAAGGACAAGGAGACCAAGGCGGCGAUGCUCAGGUCUCAGGCCAACACACCGGGUCUGGCUGAUCGGAAACGGCAGGUCCAAGAGGACAUCGAUCGAAACCUGGAAGAAGCCCGAGAGUUACAGGUAGUUGGCCGCCGCGUGCAGCAAGGGGAGGAUGGCUACAUCUCAGAGGGGCAAAGCAGAGAGUCAAAGAUCUCUGAGCUCACCGCCAAGCUGAACGAAUUGAAACGCCACCAUCAGACGCUCCUGCAGAAGCAGAAGGAGCUGGAUAUCGACCCCGUUGAUCUGGGGAAUCGAGCGGAGAAGCUCGAGACCGAAGCGCGGGAUCUGGACUCUCGGGUUAUCGCCCUGGAGGAUAAGCAGCGGCAAGCUGAACGCGAAAGGAUCGAAGCUUCAGGCGACGCCACGCGUGAAGCCGAGGAUGCACGGAUUGCCCGAGAUCACUCUUCGAACCUUUCAAGCCGUUUGGCCUCCGUGGAAAGGGACGCCAAGGCACAGCUCUCGGCCCUGCAGCCGAUGAUCCAGGAGCAGCACGCGGGUUGGCAGCGCCUGCUGGAAAAGCAGCGAAAUCUCGACGAGGACCAGCACAAUCUGGCUAUGAAGCUGCUGGAAGCGAAAACCAGCGCUGACUCCGAGGCUCGCGCGCGUGAGCACGUGGCUGGAGUGGUGCAGGCCCUCAUUCAGUCACUGCUCGGCUUUUCGACUUUUCUCGAUAGCUGCGGCGAAGCCGUGCCAACAGCCGUGCCGGCGGCCGUGCCAGCAACUGUGGCAGAAGAGGUGGGGGCUCCUGCCGUGCAAGAAGCAGCAGUGCCAUCCACCGUGGCGGCACCGUUUCAAGAUGACUUCGAUGAAUUCUUGAACGACCUGCCAACCUUGGGCGAAGUCGGAGGAGCAGCGGAAGGCGGCGCGCCUGACUCGCUGUGA